GCCUGGGAGGUGGAGCUUCAGCGGAGCCUGUUGCUUGCGCGGGGCUGGCGAGCUGCGCGGCGAGGAGAGACGCAGAAAGCUGGAGGGAAAUUGCCCUCAUCGCUUUCUUCCCCCGUACGCCGCCGAUGCAGCAGCGCUUCCCGAUUUUUAAAAAAUAAUUUUAUUUUUUGUUAAACCUCCUCAAUCCCUCUUAAUCCGAACGCGCAGCGGCCGUCCCCUCUGAAGUUCCCCGAUGCCCACUUUCCCGCAGCUCGCUGCUCUUCUGCAGCAGCGCCAGCCCGGGACGGGCAGCUGAAGACCUGCAGCCGGCGGCUUUCGACCUCGGAGCCCCGCCGAGAUGACCCCGAGCGCAGCGUGGCUCGUGUGCAUCCUUGGCAGCCUGGUGGUCUCGCCCAGCGCGCCGCUGCAACUUCAGCAGGGCAUGCCAAAUGUCUGUUCUGAGCAAGAGUUGGCCAUGGUGGGACAUCGCCAGCCAUGUGUUCAAGCCUUUACCCGUUUGGUGAAGAUGUGGAAGCAGGACUGUGCAGGACAGAGAUGGUGCAUGGCCUAUGAGAGAAGGACAAGCUAUUAUACCAUUUAUAAGCAAGUGUACAGCAUGGAACAUCACACUGUCUUUAAGUGCUGCCCUGGCUGGAGCCAGAAGAAAGAUGAUGAAGCUGGGUGCCUUCACUCAUUGUGCUCUGUGGGCACUUGCUUCAAUGGAGGGAAAUGCUCCGGUGGAAUAUGCCAGUGUCCAGCAGGAUUUCAGGGAUCCCGCUGCCAGUAUGAUGUCAAUGAAUGUGCCAUUGCCAAUGGAGGAUGUCAGGGCCAAUGUUGCAAUAUGAUUGGCAGCUACUACUGCAAAUGUCCAGCUGGCCAGAAACUGAGAGAAGACCGGACAUCUUGUGAAGAUAUUGAUGAAUGUGCAGUAAGGAGUGGAGGCUGUCAGCAGAGCUGUGUGAACACUCUGGGUUCCUACCACUGUGAAUGCCAUGCAGGGCACAAACUUCAUGCUGACAGCCGUACCUGCAUAGGUGUGAGCUCUUGUGCCGUCAAUAACGGAGGCUGUGAACAUGAGUGUGUGCAGAUGAGUGAAGACCACUACCGGUGCCAGUGCCACACACGCUACCAACUUAAGAGAGAUGGGAAGCACUGUGAAAAGAUUGACCCCUGCGCGAGUGGAAAUGGAGGCUGCUUGCAGAUCUGCCAAAAUGAGAGCGGACUUGCAGAGUGUGAAUGCUAUUCGGGAUAUCGCCUUUCUGCAGAUGGGAAGUCCUGUGCAGAUGUUGAUGAGUGUGCAGAAGGGACGGCCAAGUGCACCCAUCACUGUGUGAACACUUUGGGCUCCUUUGCCUGCGUAUGUAAUCCUGGGUUUGAGCUAGGAGCUGACGGAAGGCAAUGCUACCGCAUUGAAAUGGAAAUUGUCAACAGCUGUGAAGACGAUAACGGAGGUUGCCUUCAUCACUGUGAGCACUCCACCAAUGGUCCACUCUGCUCUUGUAACCAAGGUUACCGCUUGGAUUUAGAUGGGAAGACAUGCACAGACCUGGACGAAUGUGUGACUGGAGAUGCGUGCUGCUCACAAUUCUGCAUCAACUACAUCGGAGGCUAUGAAUGCAGCUGCAAGGCAGGCUUUCGGCUUCAUCCGGACGGCUGUGAAUGUGAUGAUGUGGAUGAGUGCCUAUCCGACACUGAUGGCUGCGACCAAUAUUGUAUUAAUUCUUUGGGUUCAUAUGAAUGUACAUGUGAGGAAGGAUACAGGCUCAGCAGUGCCAAUGGACAGUCUUGCAUCUCAUUAGAUGAUGAUGAGCUGGAAGAGGAGGAAGAAGAAGGACUGGAGAUUGCCCGGAUUCCUGGCUUCCGCUUCAGAAGACCACCUCAGCUCCUUCACUUCAGUACCUCCCUAGAUUCUUUCUAUGAUGAGGAGGAAGAGGAGAUUCGUGGAGAGCUCACUGUUGCACACCAAGUUGUUUGUCUGCAUAACAUGUUUGGCAGUGACUGCAGCUUGAGUUGCUCUGACUGUAUGAACAGAGGGAAGUGCAACAGUGACAACAGUAGUUGUGACUGCCCACCUGGGUGGACUGGCAUUAUAUGUAAUGAAACCUGCUCCAUGGGGACCUAUGGGAAAGAUUGCAGCAGCCUCUGCAAGUGUCAGAAUGGAGGUUCCUGCGAUCCGGUAACAGGGUGGUGUCGUUGCCCACCAGGAAUUAAUGGAAAGUUUUGUGAAGAUGGUUGCCCCAAAGGACGCUUUGGGAAACACUGCAACAAGAAAUGUAAUUGUGCUAACAAUGGAUAUUGCCACAGAUUGUAUGGGGCCUGUUUAUGUGACCCUGGGCUAUAUGGUCGCUUCUGCCAUCUAACCUGUCCCAAAUGGGUCUUUGGAGCUGGCUGCUCAGAGGAGUGCCACUGUUUGAAGGAGAACACCCUGGUUUGCGACCCCAGAAACGGUACCUGUACCUGCAGACCAGGCUACGAAGGAAGCAAGUGUCAAAGAGAGUGCUUACCUGGUUUUUACGGAGCUUCCUGUCAACAGAGAUGCAGCUGUCCUGGUGCGUCCUUGUGUGACCAUGAAACUGGGAGAUGCAGACACCCUUGCCCUGCAGGCUUCUAUGGAGAAAAUUGCCUAAACCAUUGCCCUGAGGGUUCCUGGGGUGUGAACUGCCACUCUGUCUGCGAACCCUGUGAGAAUGGAGGGCUGUGUCACCCAGUAACUGGGACGUGUGAAUGCCCAUCAGGAUACACUGGGAAAUACUGCAAUGCUUCUUGCCCCGCUGGUUACCAUGGGAAAGAAUGCUUGCUGCAAUGCAGCUGUCAUACCGAUGCUCAGUGUAACCCCGUCACUGGGGAAUGCACAUGCCCCCCAGGUUGGAUCGGCCGUGACUGCAAGCAGCCUUGCGGUUCUGGCUCCUGGGGACAGCUCUGUGGAAACUCCUGUGACUGCAGAAACAGUGAUGGGAGCUGCAACCCGGUUACUGGCGUUUGCUUCUGCGAAGCAGGAUACACUGGGAAGCGUUGUGAGCAGAGAUGCCCCAAGGGAACCUUUGGCCUGAGUUGUAAACAUAGCUGCCAAUGCAAAAAUGGAGCGAUCUGUGACCACAUGAGCGGAGCCUGUACUUGUACAGCUGGCUGGAUGGGAACCUUUUGUGAGAAAGCUUGUCCAGAUGGCUUUUUUGGGCUGGACUGUCACCAGGUGUGCAACUGCAAGAAUGGAGCUGUCUGCAAUCACAUCGAUGGAACCUGCCAGUGCCUCCCUGGCUGGAUCGGGCCCAGCUGUGAGCAAGCUUGUCACAUUAACACUUACGGACAAAGCUGUCGUCAGCGCUGCAAUUGUAAGAACGCAGCACUCUGUGACCACAUCACUGGGGCAUGCAUAUGCACAGCUGGAUGGAGAGGACCGGUCUGUCAGGAAGCCUGCCCUCUGGGUCUGUAUGGUAAGGACUGCCUGCAGCACUGCAUCUGUCAAAACCAGGCUACUUGUGAUCCCGCGACUGGAGAGUGCCUAUGCCCCAAAGGUUGGACCGGAAUAGCCUGUGAACUGGAGUGUGAAGCAGGGAAGUAUGGAGAAAGGUGUCAGCAGAGCUGCAGCUGUAGCAAUGGUGGAAUUUGUGAUCAUCGUUCUGGGAAAUGCACUUGUCGUCCAGGCUGGAUUGGGGACCAUUGUGAUACUCCUUGUCCAAAUGGUUCCUUUGGGGAGAGGUGUGAAGGGCUGUGUGACUGUGAGCACAGCUCCUCCUGCAACCCCCAGACUGGAGUGUGUCACUGUGAAAUGGGCUGGAGAGGAGAACAGUGUGACAAGCCUUGCCUGCCUGGCUACUAUGGCAGCAAUUGUACUGAGCGCUGCAAAUGCCCUCCAGGUGUCCCUUGCAACCACGUGAGCGGGGAGUGUGGCUGCCCUCCAGGUUUUGUGGGCAGUGGCUGCAAAAGAACUUGUCUGCCAGGCACAUAUGGGGAGAACUGUAACCAAGUAUGUCAGUGCUCUGGAAAGAAUGAAGAGUGCCAUCAUGUCACCGGCAAGUGUGGCUGCCUGCCAGGUUACUACGGAAUCCGCUGUGACCUUCGAUGCCCCAAAGGAACAUACGGCCCGCAUUGCCGGAAAGCAUGUCAGUGUCUGAAUGGAGGGCAUUGUGACAUUGUGACAGGAGCCUGUGACUGCCUGCCUGGUUUCAUCGGAGCAGACUGUGGGAAAACUUGUCCAGAGCAUCACUAUGGGAAGGACUGUGCCUUAUUCUGCUCCUGUGGUGAAGGACGUUGUGACUCGGUGACAGGCGAGUGCUAUUGUCCACCUGGCCGAAUUGGACCCAACUGCCUUCAAUUGUGUCCCCAGGGAAGAUAUGGCCCCCACUGUCAGCUAAAAUGUUUGUGUAAGAAUGGUGGCAUCUGUGAUCCCGUGAAUGGGACCUGCAUUUGUGGACUUGGCUGGACAGGACGCUACUGUGAGAAAGAAUGUGCUCUUGGAAAAUAUGGCUCCGAUUGUCAGCUAGAUUGCGCUUGUCAGAAUAACGGAACCUGCAACCGGUUUACUGGCUGCUGUCAGUGCACAGAAGGUUAUUACGGACAUUCCUGCAACUACACCUGCCCAUCUGGAUUUUAUGGUCUCCACUGUCGGUAUCCAUGCAACUGUAAAAAUGGAGCCACGUGUCUCCCAGCGACUGGGCUGUGUGUGUGCGCCCCAGGUUUCCAAGGGGUACACUGUGAAAAAGGUUGUCCAGCUGGAAUGUUUGGAGACAAAUGCAAACAUCAUUGUGAGUGUGCAGGAUCAAAUCGGUGUGACCCAGUUACUGGAAAGUGCUUUUGCCCGCCUGGCACAACUGGGGACAGGUGUGAUGUUGAAUGUGGGCCAGGCAAAUAUGGCCCCAACUGCUCUCAGCGGUGCCAAUGUGCCAAUAAAUCCCAAUGCGACGUGCGAAAUGGCAAAUGCACUUGUCUCUACAAAUGGAUGGGACCAUCUUGCAAAGAAGGUGGCCCUCCGAACCUUCUGUCUCAUGAAGAACACACUCAAGAGAAAGGGAAUACUUUUUCAAGACUGCCACAACAGGAACACUUGGACUAAUGAAUGAACUGUUUUAUAUGCACAGACGGUAUUUAACUUUGGAAAUGAGAGCUGCUAUUCAUUUCUGCUUGAACUGGACUGGAAAAUUCACACUUCUUUGUGCAGGUCUACAGUAUCCAUUAAGUAGCUGGGUCCCUCUUAAAACUUUUAAACUCUGCUCUGUUUAUUUAUUCUUGACCUCCUCCUGCUUCCUCCUGAUUAAUCCACUCUUGGUAUCCUUUCCAAGUGUCAGUCCUGUGUUUUUAUGCCCACAAAAUGCAGAAAUCCUCUCAUCCCUGUCAUCACCAACUAAGAUAAAUCAUUACUUGAACAUAAAUAUUCCAAACCCUUGUUUAUUAAAAAAAAAUUCCACCAAGAGGAAUCUUUAUAGGCUUUUAAUACUUCUUUUU